CACCGGCACCCACCGGAGCAGUCAGUCACACAGUCGAAGUUGGAUUGUACGCAGCUCAAUACAACAACACAAAAACGCAAUAACAAACCAGCCGUGAGGCACCUAAUUUUUCACUUCCGGUCAAUUAAACGUUCGACACUCGGCAGCGAUGGAAGUUUUGGACGGUAUCAUCACUGUGUUGAUGAUAUGCCUCGCCAUCUAUUUCUACCUGCAUAAAAAACACUCGUACUGGGCCGAUCGGAAGGUACCCCACUUGAAGCCGGAAUUUUUCUACGGUAAUAACCGUACUGUGACUCGAACAGAAGCGUUUGCCCAGCUGUUUCAACGUUUCUACCACGAGCUGAAAGGUUCAGGACCAGUUGGUGGGGUUUAUCUCUUCACCAAACCCGUUGCCAUUGCGACCGAUUUGGAGUUGUUAAAGUGUAUUUUCGUGAAGGACUUCCAGUAUUUCCAUGAUCGCGGAUCGUACUACAAUGAGAAAGAUGAUCCACUUUCGGCCCACAUGUUCAAUUUGGGCGGCAGCAAGUGGAAGGCUCUUCGAAAUAAAUUAUCGCCGACGUUUACUUCGGGAAAGAUGAAGAUGAUGUUCCCGACGAUUGUGGCAGCUGGUAAGCAGUUUAAUGAUUUUAUGGAAGAAAACGUGAGGAAAGAAAGUGAGUUGGAAUUGAAGGAUCUGCUGGCGCGAUUUACGACAGAUGUUAUAGGAAUGUGUGCCUUCGGUAUUGAGUGCAAUUCGAUGAAGGAUCCCAAUGCACAGUUCCGUGUAAUGGGACGAAAACUGUUCCAACCAAGAGGAAAAGUUAAAGGAUUCCUUAUGACUGCUACACCCAAUUUGGCGCGGAAGUUAGGAGUGAAGACUACACCCCCGGAAGUUUCUGACUUUUUCCUAAAUGCUGUUCGAGAAACAAUCGAUUAUCGCUUGAAGAAUAAUAUUAAAAGAAAAGACUUUAUGGACUUACUAAUCGAGAUGCGAUCGCCAGAUGAACUGAAAAGUGAUGACGGCUUACUUUCGUUUAACGAAAUUGCUGCUCAGGCUUUCGUGUUUUAUAUUGCCGGGUUCGAAACCAGUUCGACGCUGCUGACUUGGACGCUUUAUGAGCUCGCACUGAAUCAGGAUAUCCAGGAGAAUGGACGCCGUCAUGUGCAGGAGAUUCUCCAGAAACAUGGUGAACAAAUGACCUACGAGUCCGUGAUGGACAUGAAAUAUCUUGACCAAAUUCUGAAUGAGGCCCUCCGAAAGUAUCCUCCUGUUCCCGUGCAUUUCCGUGAAACGGCAAAGGAUUACCAAGUACCGAACACGAAGAUCACCAUCGAAGCAGGGACACAGAUCUUUAUUCCGGUCUUCGGGAUUCAUCGUGAUCCGGAAAUCUUCCCCGAUCCUGAGCGCUUCGAUCCGGAACGUUUUAGCCCGGAGGAGGAGCAGAAACGCCACCCGUACGCGUGGACUCCCUUCGGCGAAGGUCCCCGUAUCUGCGUGGGUCUAAGGUUUGGUAUGAUGCAAGCCCGUAUCGGGUUAGCUUAUUUGUUGAAAAAUUUCCGAUUUACGUUUGGCAAGAAGUCCAGCGUUCCGUUGGAACUCGAUGUGAGAAGUUUUGUUCUGGCCCCGAAAGGAGGCUUGUGGCUGAAAGUAGAGAAGAUUUGAAAUUGUUAUUCGUUCGCUUCGCCGUUAGUUGGCCACCAAUUUGAACUGCGAACAAUUGGUGAAGAUUUUGAGUUAAAAAAAAUAGAGCCUUAAAGUUUUAAUUCAACAUUUUUAACAAUUGUGAAAUUUAACCUAAUUCAGAUAUCGAACUGAGAGCUAGAAUUCAAGCAAAUAAUUUAUAAGUCAAAGUAUAAAAUAUGAUAAAAUAGACGAAUUUUUUUUUAUACUUACA